AUCUUUGUUGAAUUUGGCGGUCUUCACUGUGGCCAUAUUGAAAUUUGGAUCAGUUUAGAAAAAUUAAAGCAGAAAUAACUUUUGAUGAUGGACUAAAUUUUAAAUUCUUGAGUGAGAGUUUCCCAGUGGGGAAUUACAUUGUAUAACGUUUUUUAAAAACGGCGAAAUCCAGUGACUUUGUUCAUGAAGAAAAGUGAAAGAUCUUCCAGAAAGAAGAUAGAUUAUAAGAAGAUGGCGUCGGGGUUAAGCCCGGUUACCGAAGUGAAAGGGAAGGAGAAGAGUAAAAUCGCCGAAGUGACAGCUCCCGCUGGAGCCUCAAUAGCAGAUAAACUUUCUGAGCCGAAAGACACAUCUACACCGGUAAAACUCACACUUCCGGUGAAUCCAGGUGAUGAAAAAAGUUCGCUUCUAAACAAGUUAGCAGAGUUGGAUAAGAAACAAAAGCAACUCCAAGAGAAGAAAGAACUAGAAACGUUACGGAAACAGGUCGAGGAACGAGAGGAGGCGGUGCGUGAAUUAGAGAAAUCCCUCACCGAACCGGUACGUAAAGGUAAAUCCAAAGAAUCAUCUUCAGGGGAAUCAGGCGGUGCCAAGCCGAAAAAACACAAAUCAAGAUUAGCAGCUAGUUUUCAGGAAGGACAAACACCAUCUACCUCAACAGAAUCAGGACAAUCAGGUGUGAUGGUUCAUAUUAUUUCGGAUUCAAUUGCCAAGGAUGUGGGUGGUAUUUGGCAUACUAAAGUGAUAGCCUUUCCUGGAAUUGGUAUUACUCGUCUAUCAUUGUAACAGUAUGCAGUCAUAUUUGAUGCGUCAUGUCGGACGUCCAGUCGCCCAUCCCUAUCGUUGACGUAGAUAGAAUUGGUAUGCACAGAAAAUCGGAUGAAAUUGAUAAGGCGUCACUGCAAGCUGUUGCUUUGUCACUGAAAAAUGCAUUUUGCAAAUACGGCGUCUGCUAUUUCAAAAACCACGGAAUUGAGUACGAAGACAAAUUCAAACACAUUUCGGAAGCUUUCUUUAAACAGCCUUUAGACGUAAAAACACAACACCUUCGUGGAACGAGACGGGAUUUCGGUUAUACACCAGCAGGACAGGAAAGGCUUAACCUUGAACACCCUUUAGCUAUGAACGAGUCUUUUAAUUACCAGCCAGGUGACGACCAAGAUGACUGGAUGGAUAAUGCCUUUCCAGAUGCUUGUAAAGAAAUGUUUGGUCAAUGUUCAGUUUUUGGGUACCGUGUACUUGACGCACUUUCCCUGGCGCUUGGUCAACGACAAACAUUUCUAAGAGAUUCCAGCGCACGUAUCGGAACACAGGACAACCCAACAACUUUAAGAUCGUUAUAUUAUCCUCCCAUCCCGUUAGAUAUGACAACAAAACCGGGCGAUAUUCGUUUUGGCGAGCACGCGGAUUUCGGAACAAUUUCAUUCCUGUUUCAAGAUAAAGUUGGAGGUCUAGAGGUGGACUUUCCUGGCAAAGGAUUCGUGGAAGUAAUUCCCAUACCUGGGACUAUCCUCGUAAUGGCUGCUGAUUUACUGCAGCGAUGGACUGCCGACACCGUGGUUUCGACUCGGCAUAGGGUGCUUAUACCAGCAGAAGAAUCUAAGAAAAUAAAAGCUCGACAGUCAGCUGUUUUCUUUAUACUGCCUGAUAAUGACUAUGUGGUGAAGCCUUUAGACGGGUCAACGAAGUAUAAACCAAUCACUUGCAUGGAAUACCUACAACCCAAAAUGACGGAUGUCAUUGACGUUACAUAUUAGAGUGUCAUCCAAUGUAUGCAAAAACAAAUGGAAAACAAAGUGUAUCGUUUUCGCUUUGGUCUGUGGGCGAAGGCCAAAACUAUUGAAUGCCGUAACCCAGAAAUUAGAUCCUUCAGGAAACUUUCAAGGGUGGAUAUCGGUCUGAGCAAAUUGUCAGUAAAAUUUAAUGACGAUUUUAAAAACACUGGUGCCUAUUGAAUACAAUUAAGCGUUAUAUUGGAAUAAUGUAGUUUUGGACGGUGAACAUGAAUUUUAUUUGACAUUUCGUAUUAUAGAUUUUAUCUUUUUAUUGAUAAUUUACUCUGGUUGUUACAAAAUGCUACUUUAUGUAUUAUAUACCGAAUAAAAUGUAAAACGUUGAA